AUCCUGUCACUGAUUUGUAUUUUAGAACACAAAGUUUGGCCUAGCUAACACCCAAAAGUUCUGGACUGACCAUUGUUAUACAAACACUAUUGGAGCAACAUUAACCGAAACCGAUUUCAUCAGUUGACCACUUCGGAGCUAAAGUGAACUACUGGUGACAUCGGGAAACACACUGUGCAAAAUUUACAUCCGACAGACGGAACGGACAGACUCAGCAAAUCACAUCACAAUAAGUCAUGCCACGGGGAAAACGCCGAGCUGCAGAUAUUAGCGACAACAUGGAUCAUGGUCAACCGAAGAGGGCCCGAACCAGCUACACCAGCAUACCCACACAACAAAGCAGCAGACGCCAUAUCAGAGCGGAGGAUGGCUUCAGUCAAAAACGUUGUUUAAACUGGUUCCAGGAAUACACCACUCCAGAUGAACCAGAGACUUUGGGUCCCGAUGGCAUGGAGAAAUUCUGCGAGGAUAUCGGCGUGGAGCCCGAGAACAUUGUGAUGCUGGUGCUGGCCUACAAAAUGGGAGCCACCCAGAUGGGCUUUUUCAGCCAGCAGGAGUGGCUGAAAGGCCUCACAGAACUGGACUGCGACUCUUCGGCGAAAAUGGUUGUGAAACUGGACUAUCUGCGCAGCAUACUCAACGAUCCCAACUCCUUUAAGAGCAUCUACAGAUACGCCUAUGACUUUGCCAAGGAUUCGGACCAACGGUGUAUGGAUAUUGUGACUGCCAAAGCCAUGCUCCAACUCCUCCUGGGCAAACACUGGCCUCUGUAUCCACAGUUCGCACAGUUUCUAGAGCAAUCCAAGUACAAGGCGAUCAACAAGGAUCAGUGGUGUAAUAUUCUAGAGUUCUCGCGCACCAUCUGCAUUGACUUAUCCAAUUACGAUAUUGACGGAGCAUGGCCCGUCAUGCUGGAUGAGUUUGUGGAAUGGCUGCGCCUGCAGCGGAGCCAGGUGACCUCCACUUCCGGGUCCAGCUGAGAGAAGCUGUAUCGAGUCGCCUAUUUCUAGUUCAACUUUGGGAGCUCAGUGCGGAGGAGUUCGCGAUGGCGAAGGAGAUGGGAUGCGAUGGGAAUACUGAUGAGAUGAGAUGAGAUCAGAUCGGAACUAUAAGACACAACCACAGGACACUCACUCACACCAGCACACGACACACUCACGCCCACACCCACAACCACGACCACAAACACAACCACACACUCACCCACACCGAAACACAAGGCAUUUUGGAGAGACUGCGUACACUGGCAAAGCAACCAACUAUGAAACUAAACUAUUGAUAAUAUAUUUAAUGUAAUAAUUUAUGUAUUAACGGAAACUAAAAACUAAAACCACACUUUUCUACUUUUAAGGCCUCCUUUGAAAAAAAAAACAAGAAAAACAAGAACAGCAACAAGAGCCAAAAUGGGGGCAGCUUGUAAAAAGUAAACCCAGAAAAUGAAACGAUGGCAAUAACCAAGAGACCCCCAAUAGACCUAAUUUAGAACAUACAAUUGAACUCAAGCCGACCCCUUCAAGAUAUCAGCAAGCAUAGUCAAAAUCUCAAAUUAAAUCAACACCAAUACUGGGGAAACGUAGUCGUUAUUAAAUCAAUGUAGAAAAACAACAUUUGGGGACUAUUUAAUAAAAUUAUUAAGUAAAAA